UCUCCCAGGCGGCGAAGGCUGAUUGGCUGAGCCGGAUAAAAUCACAAUCACAAUUAGGAAGACACAGGGUAUCCAUUUCAUCUCCUGGCACUGCUCAUCGUCCGACAGGUGAGAGAACCGAGAGAGCCGCACUGUGCAAGGAAGAACUUCCUAUUUUCUGCUGGAAUAGGAGAAAUCUGCAGAUAUUGUUUGAGGAAGAUACUGCCUUGUCCAGACUGCAUAAGUAGAAGAUCGUGAUUCAUUACAGCUAAAAGAGGAGCAUCAGCAACUGAGGAUGGGAGAUGGUGAACUAAACCCAUAUGUGAGGAUAAGCAGCACUAAAUAUAUUUUACGAUCUGAGCUGUUGUCACUUCUAAGAACCUACAAUUGUUAUCAUGAAGGAAAAAACUUCCAGCUACGGCAUCAUGAGGUGGGUGGAGAACUUGUGGUGGAAGGUCUUCUCAAUAUAUCCUGGGGUUUGCGGCGUUCAAUAAGACUACAGGUACAAGAUGUCAAUGAGAGGAUAUGUUUUAGCUCUUCAGAGGCAUGGAGCAGGGCAUCACAAGGAAAACACAGCAUAGCGUUACCUAUUGCAGUAAACCAGGAAGAUUUAGAAGAGGAAAACAACAAUUCUUGUGAUAGAUAUGAAGAAGAAACAACACCUCAGCUGAAGCGGACUAGAAGUGAUGCCAGCUUUGUUCAAAGACGUUCAAAGCACUACAGUCCUGAAGAGGUGCAAAGAUUGAGGAAUCACAGGUUCUCCAUUAAUGGUCAUUUCUAUGAUCAUAAGACUUCUGUAUUUACUCCAGCGUACAGUUCAGUGACAAAUGUGCGUGUUACCAGCAUGAUGAACACGUCCCAGGUUUUAAACCUGCUGCUUAAAAAAUUCAGGGUGGAAAACAGCUCUUCAGAGUUUGGACUGUAUUUUCUUCAUGAGACAGGAGAAAGAACUAAAUUAGGAGAGAUAGAGUUUCCCCUGAUUUGCAGAAUACUACAUGGUCCCUGUGAGAAGAUUGCCAAGUUAUUUAUAAUGGAGACUGAUCUUGGAGUAGAGGUUUCACAUGAUGUGGCCCAAUACAUUAAGUUUGAAAUGCCUGUACUGUGCAGCUUUGUUGAAAAACUGAAGGAAGAGGAGGAUAGAGAAAUAAACAAACUGUCUAAAAGGUACAAUGCAAUCCGCUUGAUGAUGUUACAAAGGUUAGAAGAACUAACAAGCUAUGAGAGCUACGCAUGAAGAAAGCACAAGAGAUAUGAAGAAAGUUGGACGUAAUAUCUGCCAUACCAUGGACCUUACAGCUCAGAAACUUUUCAUCUUCUAAAUUACAGUUGUUUACAUAUAACUACAUGAACUAUAUUCUACUUUUUACUUUUAGCUUUUCUCAGGAUAUACUGAUCACAGCUGCCUCAUUACUGAUAUAGUGCCAAGAUUAUCUCCAAAAUAGUCAUGCAUCACAGAUCUGUGUUCAGGAAAGUAAAAAUGUAUACUUUAAACUUAAAGUGCUAUGAAAGAUUUUUUUUCUUAAAUUAAAAAAAGGUUAGAAUUUCAAUAUUUUACGUAUUUUUUCUUGCAGUGUAGAGAAAGAAAUUAAUUGAUUGUGUUCCUUGGUAGUUAGCACAACCGGGUUCUGUUAGGGCAAGCCUCAGUUCACAAAAGCAUUACCCAUGGGGUAUUUUAUUUGCUUAUUUUUUAGGGCCUAUUCAUACUUGCCUGUUUUCAUGCAGCCAGAAAGGCUGAGCAUCUUGGAAAAAUCUUGCCGAUAUGCCAUGCAUAUUGGCACAUAGGAUUUGACAGACAGCAGGGAGAAGGGAGAGAGCAGCUAGAGAUGGAAACAGUGCUGGAUUAAGUGAGGGUGAGGGGGCAUACCUAACAUGCUACCUAACAUUUCUUACCAUAAAGCAAAGAAUGCAUUAAAAGAAAAAAAAAAUUAUACUUUAGAAACACUUUAAGAUUAUGUAACAGUGCUCCUUACAGUGAUGCUCAGUGUAAGGGAAAACAUGCCUUGGCAUGUGUGGUCAGUGAAUGAACGAAAAAAUGCCCCACUAAUGGUGGUCAAUGUUAGCAGAAAUGCCCAGCGUAAAUAGUCAGUAGAAGAAAAAUGAAAUGCUUCGCUGUUGGUGGUCGGUGGGAGAAAAAUACCUGACUUUAUUACAGGAGCCUUUAGUUGUACAGUAAAACCUUGGUUUGCGAGCAUAAUUCAUUCCAAAAACAUGCUUGUAUUCCAAAGCACUUGUAUAU